AAAAAAUAAAAGAAGAACCAAAAGAAACUCUCUGCUAUAAUUGUAACAAACUAAAAGAGAAUUGUAAGAGUGCAUUUAAGAAAUAUAAUAAAGGUCUUUCUCUUAUCAAAAAUAUUAUUAAACUUCAAAAAA